AUGGGCAAGUACUCAAAAGCACUUUCAUCACAUGAACGAUCACUUGAAAUUCAAAAAAUAGCUCUUCCUCCAAAUCAUCCCGAUUUGGCUUCCUCCUACAACAACAUCGGUUUGGUGUAUGAAAACAUGGGCGAGUACUCGAAAGCACUUUCAUCGUAUGAACCAUCACUUGAAAUUCGAAAACCAGCUCUUCCUCCGAAUCAUCCUGACUUGGCUUCUUCCUACCAAAGUAUAGGUAAUGCGUAUUAUAACAUGGGCGAGUACUCUAAAGCACUUUCAUCGUAUGAACGAUCACUUGAAAUCCGAAGAAAAGCUCUUCCUCCGACUCAUCCUGAUUUGGCCUCUUCCUACAACAACAUCGGUAAUGUGUAUUAUAACAUGGGCGAGUAUUCUAAAGCACUUUCAUCGUAUGAACGAUCACUUGAAAUCAAGAAAAUAGGUCUUCCUCUGAAUCAUCCCGACUUGUCUGCGUCCUACCUAAACAUCGGUAAUGUGUAUUAUAACAUGGGCGAGUAUUCUAAAGCACUUUCAUCGCAUGAACGAUCACUUGAAAUUCUAAAAAUAGUUCUUCCUCCGAAUCAUCCCGAUUUUGCCUCUUCCUACAACAACAUCGGUAAUGUGUAG